AGAUAGGAGUAGGUACCCCGUUUGUUUAUAUUCACUAUUAAUUGAAGGGUAUAUAGUGAUCGAGGUGAGGGUGAUAAUAUAAGUAGCUAUGGACAAGGCACGAUUUGGGCUUUUCUUCGUAUUGUUGAUUCUCCUUGCUUCUCAGAUGGUGGUAGAAACGGAGGGAAGGCACUGCGAAUCAAAGAGCCAUCGUUUUAAAGGGAUGUGUCUAAGCGAUCACAACUGCGGUUCCGUUUGCCAUGUUGAAGGCUUCACAGGUGGCAAAUGUCAUGGAUUCCGUAGACGCUGUUUCUGCACUAAGCACUGUUAGUUUAGUUGCUGCUCCAUGCAAUUUUCCUACCUCUUUCAUGCACCUUUAUGUUUCUGAGUUUAGGAAAUAAUAAAUACCACUUUACCACUCCUAUUUCUCUAGGUUCGGUUUGGUUGCUUUUAGCUACCUAGCUUCUGUUUCAGUUUGGUUUUCCACUUUAGGUUUGCAAUUUCUAUUGUUGUAUGUUCUGAUUUCGUGUUCUAUUUCCCAUCAAAAGUAGUGAAACUACACCUUCUUCGUUUCCUCAUCA